GUGGCGGUGGCCGGCCCUGCUCCGCCGCCAUGCCCAAAGUGGUGUCUCGCUCCGUGGUUUGCUCGGACACGCGGGAUCGCGAGGAGUACGACGAUGGCGAGAAGCCCCUGCACGUCUAUUACUGCCUGUGCGGGCAGAUGGUCCUGGUUUUGGAUUGUCAGCUCGAGAAACUGCCCAUGAGACCGCGAGACAGAGCCCGGGUGAUUGACGCUGCCAAACAUGCACACAAGUUCUGUAACACAGAGGAGGAGGAAAAUGUGUAUCUCCGCAGGCCAGAAGGCAUUGAACGGCAAUACAGGAAAAAAUGUGGAAAGUGUGGACUGCUCCUCUUUUACCAGCACCAGCAGAAGAAUGCCCCGGUGACAUUCAUCGUUGAUGGCGCUGUAGUCAAAUUUGGACAGGGCUUUGGAAAAACAAACAUUUACACCCAGAAGCAAGAGCCACCCAAGAAGGUGAUGAUGACCAAACGGACCAAGGACAUGGGCAAAUUCAGCUCAGUCACCGUCUCGACCAUUGAUGAAGAGGAGGAGGAGAUUGAAGCGAGAGAAAUCGCAGAUUCCUAUGCACAGAAUGCCAAGGUGAUUGAGAAGCAGUUGGAACGGAAAGGCAUGAGCAAGAGGAGGCUGCAGGAGCUGGCUGAACUGGAAGCGAAGAAGGCCAAAAUGAAAGGAACACUCAUCGAUAAUCAGUUCAAAUAAGAAACCAUGAACUAUGGUAAUCACUGAGAUGUUUCGUUUCUGAAAAUGGAAAAAAGCCUCAGCAACUCCCGUCCUGUUUGGCGUGCUACGUGAAAUCCAGACACAUCUUUAAAAGGCACUUCAUUGGUCAUUAACUUAAAAGAUGGGAGUUGGAACUGUUCUGUUUCUGAGAUGGAUUCUCUGUUCUGUUGUGCGCGAUGUAGUUAACAUCUUUUGAAACUUUUUUCCCAUUGGGACGUAAUCGAUGCUUAUGUUACUGGCAAGCAACCUGUUCCUCCCACCAUAGUCUUCUGUCGUGUGUGUAUAUAAAAGUAUUAACAUGGGUAAUAUAUAUUCAAGACUUUUUAAUUACUUUUCACGGAUAGGUGAUAACACAGAAACAAACUGUACAAAAAAUAAAACCUUGGUAAGUUA